GCAAGACAUCCCCUGACGAAGCUAUAUUGCGAAAACGCGUUUGGGGAGGAGCAAAUGAAAAAUAUUGCAUUGACAUAAGUAUUCAGAUUCUUUAUUUACUACUUAGUUGAAGCACCUAUGGCAGCAAUUCCAACCUCCAGUCUUCUUAGAAUGAGGAAAUUCCUACCAACUAUCGUGGAAACAUCAAAUGUAGAUUUCCAGACUUCAGAAGAUAAGAAUGUGCAAAUAUCUGAAAUGAAAGAGAUCUGGCUUCCCUGUUCUAUAUGCCAGGAACGAGUUGAUCUGUGUUCACUUAUAAACCACAAACAAUGGCACAAAGCUAAUAAUGUGCUGGGCUGUAAUCCAGAGGACAAGCCGUCAAAUCUUCAUAUCCUCACCCUCCAAAAGGAGAAAAUGAUAUCUCAGAUUGAUAGCUCCUCAGAAUAUAAAUAUAGAGAACACGAGAUGAUCAAUCAAUCUUACGAAAUAUUAAAAGGAAAGAUGCUUUCUAUGACACCAUAUACUACCAAAACGUGUUCACCCUCCGAGGCCAGUUGCCAUGUUUAUGACAUGAUCGGGAACAGUAGGUUAGUAAACGCCGUCGUCAUCGGUUCUGAUAAAAAUACUCGCUGGCAAAGUUGCAUGGAAGACUCAUUUACAGUUCUUAAUAACUAUGGGCAAAGGCAAAACACAUCUUUUGCUGGGAUCUUUGAUGGGUAUCAUGGGAAUGUGGCAGCAUUCACUGCAGCCAUGGAGUUUCCUACUUUAUUGUUAGAACAAAUUUCAGCCAUGGAUCCAUCUUACAAGUUAAAUGAGGAAGAAAGGUUCUUCAUCAGAUCAUUUGAUACAGUUUUUAAAGAAAAUUAUAAGGAAAUAGAGGAUUUAUUCCUAAGGGAGAACAAGAAUGGAGCCAAAGUAACAGACGUAGAAGGUAUACACCUGGCCUAUGCUAAGGCUUUUUGGCGCAUGGACAGAAUAUUGCAGCUAGGAAGGAAAGAGAGCUCAAAGUCUAGGUGGAGUGGGUGCUCCGCUGUGACCUGUCUCAUAGACGGAUUUACAACAACAGAUACACAAAUGUCCAGAGAUAAACAGAGAACAAAGCUUGGUAUGCUCCAUGUGGCAAAUAUUGGCAACAUUAAGGCGGUGAUAUGUAAAAAUGGAAAAAGUCAAUGUCUCACUAGAGAUCACAGUACAGCAAAUGGCCAAGAAAAGAAAAGAGUCUUGGACUCUGAAGGAUCAGUUAGUUCUAAUGAAAGUCAUGGAUUAAUUGAAGGAUUUAGCAAAGUCACAAGGGGACUUGGUUUCCAUGGCGAUGCCCAGCUAAAGAAAUCUGUCAUCCCAGCACCCUAUACAAUUUCUGUUCCAAUAUAUAACACAUGUCAAUUCCUCAUCCUUGCCUCCAGUGGCUUGUGGGAAGUCCUGAGCCCCAGGCAAGUGGUAGCAAUGGCGCAGGAUCUAUUAACAACUUUCUUAACUCACGGUGUUAGUCCAGGCAAUACAAGAAAGGAAGAGGACUCUCCUUCUGAGGACACGGAGCGUGGUCAAUAUGCUGAUCCAGAUACCCCGGAACAUCCCUGUGCUGGUGAUCAAAAACCGGACAUUCUAGAAAACAAUUCAGAUCAAGAAACAAAGGCAGACAAUACAAGUAAGCUGUAUAAUGUAGCAGCAAUUUGUGUUUGCCAGCAGCUAAUAAAGGCAGCGAAGUUGGCAGGAUCUCAACAAAACAUUACAGUGUGCCUCAUUCUUCUACCCGGGUGUAAAAAGGUUCCGGUCCAGACAUAUUCAGCAAACAGAUAUUAAACAUAAUACCAACAAAAAAAAGGAUGAUGUCUCACUUUGGUCGACUACGUGGCGUACGGAUUUUGGUGAGCUGCUCCUUAGCAAGAGACUACAAAUUGUCACUUAGUAACAGACAAACUGUCAUUAACCAAUCACUGUCACUGGUUAGGACCAACCGAACAGCAAUUUAUAGGCUAUGUUUACAUGUAUUAAAAAUUCUGAGGAUUUUUGGAUAAAAAAAAAGAUUACAAGACUGAACAAACUUCAUUCACACAUUGCCUACAUUUUCCAAGCAGA